UCGUCAUUGACUCGAUAAUUGCUUCCAGACGGCGAGCUUGGUUAUUCUCGCCAUCUAAAAAGCCAGAGCUCCUCACAGCCUUCAGCUGCUUAUAAAUCCACCAUCUCAGAGUUCCAGGAAACAUGAGCCUCUCUCUCACUACCCGUCUAGCCACCAAAGCUCGUCUCGCAACCGCCACCAGAGCACUUAGUAUCCUACCCAAGACUCUCGAACCAGCACCAGUACCAGUCAAAGCAGCAGCCCUUCGAAUUUCACCCGCAUACCCUACACCCUACCAGCUCCGACCCAACUCAACCAAAAUGUCCCAAAGCGUCGCCGCCGCCAGUCACUCCGACUUCAACCGCAACUCCCUCUUCAACCUCAAAGGCCGCGUAGCCCUCGUAACCGGCGGGGGCUCUGGCAUCGGGCUGAUGAUCACGCAAGCCCUCGCCGUGAACGGCGCCAAGGUAUACAUCGUCGGCCGCUCCGCCGAAAAACUCAACACAGUCGUCAAAACCUACAACAAAGACAUCGAAGGCGAAAUCAUCGCCCUGCCCGGGGACGUAACCUCCAAAGACGACGUCACCCGCCUCGCGAACGAAAUCCAGUCCCGUGAGAAAUGCCUCUGCAUCCUCGUCAACAACGCCGGCGUCUCCUCCGCCACGGUCCAACCCGAAUCCCAAUCGGCCUCUGAAAUGCGCCAAAACAUCUUCGACACCGACAAGGCCACCGCCGACGACUGGACCGACACCUACCGGACCAACGUGGUAUCCAUGUACUUCAUGACGGCCGCUUUCCUCCCCCUGCUGCAAGCCAGUUCAGAGCGGCACCCGCACUGGUCCGGCACCGUGAUCAACAUCACCAGCAUCAGCGGUUUAGUGAAAGGCGCGCAGCACCAUUUCAGCUACAACGCGAGCAAAGCCGCGGCCAGCCAUCUCACGCGCCUGCUGGCGGCUGAGAUUGCGGCGAAUGGGCAUAAGAUCCGGGUUAAUGCGAUCGCGCCGGGGGUUUUCCCCAGUGAGAUGACUGCGGAUGAGAGUGAUGAGUUUCAGAAGAGUCAUCUGGACAAGGAGAAGUAUGAGGGCAAGGUUCCUGCCGGCAGGCCGGGGAGGGAUAUUGACAUGGCCCAGGCGGUGCUGGGGUUGGCGUGUAAUCAGUAUAUUGAUGGGCAGACGGUGGUGGUGGAUGGGGGGUAUACGCUGUCUCUUGGUCAGUGAUGAGGGGGUGACUGGAAAAGCUGGUGAUUGCGUGCAGUAGCGGAAUGAACUGAAUGAAUCCCUUUAUUCAAGCUACUUCAUACCCCCGUACUUGUACCAUUGAUGACUCCUCAGUAGAAGUGAGAUCGAAAACAUGC